GAUGACAGCGUCCUCGAGACCAAAACCAUGAGCAUCGCAGGUUGUUUGAGGCGCCUUCGCAGGCGCGCCCACCAUUCCGCGGAUACCCCAUUAGACGGCAGUCAGGCCGAUUUCACUAUUAGGGCUGUGUUACUAGGGCUUCUUAUUGGCUGUCUUCUAUGCUUUACGAACCUGUACUUUGGCCUGCAGACGGGAUGGAUUAGCAUGAUGUCGUUACAAUCCGCCCUCAUUGGAUUCCUGAUGUCCAAGUUGCUACGCAAGCCUAUGAGUGCGCAGGAAAACGUCGUGUUGCAGACUACGGCAGUCGCAACGGGAACGAUGCCUCUCGCUGCAGGCUUCGUUGGGAUUUUGCCUGCGUUGGGGUUACUUGACGAGAAGCGGGAUGGAGUACCGCCGGUGCACCUAUCAUGGAUCGCGGCGGUCGGGUGGUCAUGCGCGGUUGCGUUCUUUGGAGUGUUUCUAUCGCCACCGCUCCGGAAGCAAGUCAUCAUCGAAGAGCAACUUGCAUUCCCCUCCGGGACGGCCACAGGCCAGCUCAUCUCGGUCCUCCACGAUAUGCCUCCCCCGGAGACUUCCUUAAGGCAACGCCGAGGGUACAACGCGUUGGCGAGCACCGAUGACGACGACGGUAUCGCUUACGUCGCUUCUGAAGACCCGCGCGUAUCCGAUGCAUUGCGUGCCUCAGAGCCGGUACCGACAGAGUUCCCGGUUGUUGAAGAGCGGGAAGGCUGGAGUGCGCUAUCGUGGAGCUUCGCGGCAUCGGGUGUCAUGACUCUGCUCGCGUACUUCUUCCCAGCGGUGUUCUCAAUACCGCUGUUCGGAACAUACUUGGCGUCGCAAUGGAUGUGGACAUUUACGCCGAGUCUGUCGUAUGUCGGGCAGGGUAUCAUCAUGGGCUUCCCCACGACGCUCAGCAUGAACCUCGGAAUGCUGGUCGGGUGGGGCAUCCUUUCCCCGCUCGCCAAGCACUCCGGAUGGGCCCCCGGUCCCAUCGGCGACAUGACCGUCGGAGCGCGCGGCUGGAUCCUUUGGGUCUCGCUCGCGGUCAUGUGCUCCGACUCCCUCGUGUCUCUUGUGCCCGUUGUCGUCGAGCUCUUCCAGGAGAAGGUAUGGCGCGCUCUCCGUGGUAGCGUAGACGACGAGGACAGCGUGAAGGAGAGCAAGGAGGUCGAGACGGAGGACAGGCUCGUUCCGAUGAGCUGGGUCGCAUGGGGUUUGGCGGGGAGCGUGAUACUCGGAACUCUGCUUGUGUGGCUGGUGUUCGGCGAUGAGGGCAUCAAGCCUUGGGCUACCCUUCUUGGGUUCGUCAUGGGUGCGCUGCUGAGCGUCCUUGGCGUCCGAGCGUUAGGAGAGACUGAUCUGAACCCGGUGAGCGGGUUGGGCAAAAUCAGCCAGCUGUUCUUUGCGUGGAUUCAGCCGGGCAACAUAGUCGCGAACAUCAUCGCGGGAGGCGUUGCAGAGGCAGGAGCGCAGCAAGCCGGCGACCUGAUGCAAGAUCUGAAGACGGGACAUCUCAUACAUGCCUCGCCCCGUGCGCAGUUCUUUGGGCAGCUCAUUGGGUCGUGCUUGUCCAUCAUUGUAACGACGACCGCGUACACGUUGUAUCAGCGCGCGUACGAGAUUCCAGGGCCGUCCUUCCCCGCUCCGACGGCCUUCGUAUGGCUCGGCCUCGCACGUCUCCUUCGUGAUGGGGAACUUCCAGAAAGGAGUGCGCUCUUCAUGAUUUUCUUCGCGAUACUCUUCGGCGCUGUGGCCGCCGCGAAGACGUACGCGGUUCGGUCCGGGUGGCCUCACGCGAAGUGGAUCCCGUCCGGGGUCGCUUUCGCCAUCGGGUUCCUCAACACGCCGUCGUUCUCCCUCGCGCGUCUCGUUGGGGGCAUUGUCGAGCAUGUGUAUUAUACGAGGGUGGGAAGGGAGAACGGAGGCAUCAAGCUGAUCGUGAUCGCCAGCGGAUUCGUGCUGGGAGAGGGGGUGGUCAGCGUCGUGUCGCUGAUCUUGAGGACGUUUGGUGUGGGGGUGGCUAGUUGCUGGGGAUGCGGGCACGGCAUGUGUGGCGGGUGCCCCGCAGCUUGAUUGUCAGCCCGGGCGAUAGAGAGGUCUCACCAGGUCUAGGUUCAGAGGGCUCGGGCGGUAAUGUAUAUCGUAUUUGGUCUCGGUUAGGGGCAUAUGACACUUUUCGCCUCCGAUUCAGUUCGCAGCGUUGGCUCGCUGGUAUUCUUGGCGCGGAACUUGUUCACCCCGGUCACCGCCCUUUCUGGAGUCGCAGGUCGAUGACAUCGGUAUCGGUUGACAGGCUUGAA